AUGAGCCUAUCCAGUGCUCAUAUGGGUGGCGGAAAGUCAUUGGAAGACGAUUCAUUCUCUGCCCCUCCUUUCGUACCUUUUAUCAUAUCACGUGUUGGCUGGUGUAGUUCCCCUCUCCUCUCCAAGAUCUUCAUUUUCAAUCCCAGACAACGAGCAUACUCGGACGUAUCACGAUCCGCAGGAUAUCAACACGCAAAUCUCCGCAGACGCUUUAUCGUAUACGAUAUGCCGUCCAACCCACCGCCACGUGCAUUGCUCCUGUACAAAGAUAAAGGCGAUGGUUGGAAUCCGUUUUCACCACGUGCAGUAAAUCGCGCCAGACCAUGGAAUCAUCUCAUUCAGGUCCAGUCGGCGGAACUGGAGACCAACGAUGAGAAACCCUGGACCAUCCGCCUUGGAGACAUUGUGACAGUGUGUGUCACGGAAAGCAAGCAGUCAAUUAGCUCUGACGACAUCAAAACUGACCCCGACGACGAUUCCGAAGACGAUGCUGAAGACGACCCCGAAGCCUACGCCAAAGUCUCGGAUCUGCGAUCAUUGGGAGAUGGGCGGUAUAUGGUCGUAUACGCAUGGCUCUACACAAGGGCCGAGAUCCUCGCGGACCUUGAAAGAAGAGCGGGCAUACACCAAGGUGAUCUUGACAUGUUGAAAGAAAAAUGGCCCAGUGCGGCACCUUUCCAGUACAUGCUUAGCACCAACCGGACCGUUACACUCUGGGACACAGCAAUCACCCAUGCACCAGCCUCUGUGGUCUCGAGGAUCUGUGACAGUUCAAUCUACGUCACCAGGCCGUCUAAACGGUGGAUCGCGGGUAUAAAUGAUCCUGAAGUUGAAUGGAUGAGAAGCAUAUUUGACAUGUAACAUGUCUAUUGCUACAAGAGUGCCUA